UACAUCGUGUACUCCUCAAACAGAGCUCAGGUCACGGUCCAAUGAUUGUAUUAAUACGCAGGCUUAAAAUAGUUUUGUUGGACGGAACCGGUUCUGAAAGGAGGCCCAACACACGUCCUUCCUUUAUUGACUCGUCACAGCGUUUUACGUAUGCUGUGUACGUGAAAUUGUGUAUGUGUUCAAUACCUGCGCCGAGAGCCCGGAUCUGUCCUGUUUGACAAACGUUGGUGCUUGUUUACCAUCACCACUGACCAGUGGCCAGUCCGUCAAAUUCUCGGACGACAUCUUCUCAGUGUAUGGAGUAAGUUUUGUGUCAGAUUGUCAGUAUCGACGGUGGGCCCACACCUGAGUGGUUUAACACACCUGUAGUACCAGGUAUUUACGGUGACAGCUCAGUAGCUCGUGCUGGCGGACAUUACGGUGGCUGGACAUUCGGGGAUGUGUCAUUGGACAUAACUGUGUGGUAUAUUUGAUUCCCGGAUAUUUAACAAACAUUCACCAUGGUUGUACAGCCAGUGCCACAGCUUCUCGUCAAGAAACGUGUGUUGUAUAUAGGUAGUUCUGUGCCAUUGGAGACCCAGGAAGGUAUCGAGGCUAUCCAACAACCCCUGAGGGACCGCUACCCCAGCGGGGACGAGACUCAAGUGCAGGGUAUUGACGCUUAUGUGAGUAUAUUGUCCACUGGUAUACAGUUACAGUACAUUGAGGAUGGUAACCUCGUCAUUUUCUUCCCAAUCACAUCACUAACACUAUGUGCCGCUGUAAGGCACGUGAAAAACAUAAACGCCGGCACGGGGGACAUGCAGUCGCAGUUCUUAUCCCUCUCCAACCCGCUUACGAAGACCGGCAAUAAUUAUAAAAGCCCCGCCAUUUUUUCAACCAUCACACGCCGUACUAAGGGCAGAAGGAUCUUAGAGUGUCAUGGCUUUUUGUGUGCCUCCGAUCAGGACGCAAUGGACCUUGUUCGAGCCACGUCGGUAGUGGACCGGAAGUCGAGGGGGCUACCGCCAUUGGCUCCACAGCCUGUCCAAUCCGAACCCCCACCGACCUUUAGAGGUGGCGCAUCUUUCAGAAGUGCUGGACCCCCACCCACGUUUAGAGCCCAAAACGGAACUUUGGACGGACGUGGAACUGCUAAAACACCCAAUGGUACCGCUAAUGGUCAUGCCACCACAAACGGUAUCCGUCUGACUCCCGGGGUCGUAAACAAACCACGUGAUGCUCCUCCCGAGUUCUACGAGCCCCCUCCCUCCCAGGGAUACUUCUACAGCAGUGAGAAGGCUGAAGCUAAAACGUUCAACAUAGAGAAGACUGACAAUGACCAGCAGUCUCCCUCUCCACCAAUGUCUGAGCGCGCUCCGACUGUCAACAAUGCUCCCCCUUUCGUACCCCCCACACAGCCGCCAGGACCCGGACCUGCACCAAAACCGAUGUAUAUGGCGGCGGGACAACCCCCGCAGCCAACAGCUGUACCCCCUCCUCCAACGCAGCCGGCGCCCGUCCCCCCUCAAGCCAGACAGCAAGUCCCACCACAGCCCGCCCCACAGGGUAUACCGACCAUGAGGCGACCUGUCUACAUUCACCCGGGGGCGCAUCAACCUAUGCCCCAUCCCUAUUUGAGACACCUGUUUUUCUCUCCCCCGCCCCGGAUGAGGCCUGCCCCGGGCCCUUACAUGAUGCCUCCUCCCCCGCCCGGUAUGGCACCAUUUCCUCCCCACAUGAUGCCUCCACGUCCUGUCUUUGUAAGACGUCCACGGAAACCGAGGUCACUGUCAUCGAGUUCCGGGUCAAAUUCGCGUUCACCAAGUCCCCAAAAGGACGAGACUCAUUUAAAGAAUGGCGGUGAUUUCGGAAGUGAGAGCUCCAUCUCUAACUACCGACCACGUACCCCUCCACGUGACUAUGACCAUCCUCGUCCGCGCAUGAGCAGGCGGGAGGAGUAUGAGAGGAAAAGGGAUAGGAGUCGCUACAACCGCGUUCCAGUAGACAACCAGGCGGCCUAUUACGUCUAUAACUACCCGGGAUAUCAACCCUUCCCCAUGAGGUCCUCCUCUGUGCCCCCUCACCUCCGUUAUGCCAAUAACACCGGGAAGAAGGGCAAAAAGGGUAAAAAGAAUAAAAAGUCAAAGAAACCAAAGAAUGGACCGGCUAGCCAAUUCUCUAUGCAGAGUUUUGGGUACGCCUCCGAGAUCCCUCGGGGAAAUACCUACCAGGGCUGGGAAGGAUUUGAUAACCCAGAACAAGUUCGCAAACCCAGAGACUUCAGACGCGAGGAAAAUCAAUUCAUGAACGAAAAGAAUUUUUCUAAGAGUAUAAAAGCAGAAACGAGACAAUCUGAUAUCCGAGACUAUCCCACAGCUUACGAUCUGAACGAGCCGGCACCACGACAAUCCGUACACGAUGACAGUAAAGAGGACGAUAUUGGAGAUUUCACCAUGUACUAGACGAAGUCGUGUGGAUACCAAGCUUGGUAUCGUGUGCAAAGUUAUCACUAUGUAAUAUAUCAAAAUUCAUCCAAGAUCCGGAUUAACUGAUAAGUUGGAUGUAUAUCAUUUGUGAUUCCGGAUUUAUUCAAAUCAAAUUAAAAUCAGCGUCCGAAGUGUGAGAUAAUAUACGAUAUUAUGCUGGAAUGAGUGAGAUUCACUGUCGGAUUAAUAUGUAUAUAUCUAAUAAUUAUAUGGACCUAUAGAAGCGGAACAAUUCGAUUGGUCCGGAUAGUGCUUUAUGAGUGUUCAAGAUUCUGUUCAUCACAGUGUCGGCCACAGCUGAGAAGGUGAUGGAGGGAAAUGCCGAGUGAACCGAAGGAUUUAGUGAGUUCAACACUACUUUUCCGAGGACUUCCGGGUUUUCAAUGACGCAAAAUCCAUCACUAGUGGGUUAAAUGUGAUAGGAAGUCUGAUAAAUAAAUAUUGUUCGAGUAUCGCACAACCCUAACAGAGUUCAGGGGUAACAAUGAGACCGUCGGAUAUUAGGGUCAGAUGAUACUUGGACUUAGUGAUACUAAUAGGUCAGUAGGACAUGUAAUCAUUCCGAUGUUAGGGUCGGGGGAUACUCGGACUAUGCCGAUGUUAGGGUCAGAGGAUACUCGGACUAUGCCGAUGUUAGGGUCAGAGGAUACUUGGACUUAGUGAUACUAAUAGGUCAGUAGGACAUGUAAUCAUUCCGAUGUUAGGGUCAGAGGAUACUCGGACUAUGCCGAUGUUAGGGUCAGAGGAUACUUGGACUUAGUGAUACUAAUAGGUCAGUAGGACAUGUAAUCAUUCCGAUGUUAGGGUCAGAGGAUACUCGGACUAUGCCGAUGUUAGGGUCAGAGGAUACUUGGACUUAGUGAUACUAAUAGGUCAGUAGGACAUGUAAUCAUUCCGAUGUUAGGGUCGGCGGAUACUCGGACUAUGCCGAUGUUAGGGUCAGGUGAUAUACGGACUAAGUGAUACUAAUAGGUCAGUAGGACAUGUAAUCAUUCCGAUGUUAGGGUCGGCGGAUACUCGGACUAUGCCGAUGUUAGGGUCAGGGAAUACUCGGACUAAGUGAUACUAAUCAUGCCAAUGUUAGGGUCGGGUGAUAAUUGGGUUGUAUUUGUGUUCUAGUAUCAUGCAGUACAUUGAGAUGUGUAUUAAUUUAUUCCGGUAUUAGGGUGAGGUGAUGCUCGGACAAUAUUUAUUUCCUAGUUAUAAGGUACCAUGCUAAUUUUGAUGAGCUGGUGUUUGAUGUACGAUGAUUUAUCGGACAAGGUUACGCUGGGGACGAAUUCUUUACACGUUUAACAUAUCAAAUAUAUUGACAGCAAUACACAUGUAUAUUUUUGUAUAGACAUUUCGUUAUAAUUAAGUUUUUUUCGUUAAACCUGUUCUGUAGACCAGUCUAUUCAUAUUUCUCAGUUUCUUUCAUUUCAUGUCAAACCUGUUUGGCCACGAUUUAGCGCGUCCAUUGGGAGUGUUUAGUGUCAAUAUACCAGAGAAUCUAUUCUCGGGACUAAAUUGUGCCGACCAGAGGGGACUAAUUCUCCUAGACUCGCCCAAUAUAUAUAUAUGACGUGUACAGUUUAACUGAUCAUAUUUUAAUGCUGGUGUGGUAUUCGAUAUUUCUGUCGUGGGUCUAAACAACCGAGAUAUAAUGAGACGAGUGAUCUAUUUUGGGUCGGCUAUGUACACAGUCACGUUCAAAUAAGCCCAGGUAUGUAGGAGACGUUCGGUCAGUCAGGCGUGUCGAUCUGUAAUGAUCCUAUCUGGUAUAAGGUGUUACAUAACUGGUAUCUAAAUCGUAUGUCUAUCUAUCUUGUUUUAGUCUAUUUCUACAGAGUAUAACUAUACAUUAUGUACAUACGCCAGUAAGUUAAAAAAAAAAUACGGUUCUCGCCUUUGAAUUGACAAGUUUUAUAUAUUUCGUGUACCUAUAGUUGAAGUGGCCCGUCCUUUAGGAGUGGUGGGUUCCACAUAGCACCUACAUAUAGUUAGGUUCGGUGGUUUAAACUCUGUUCAUAACAAAAGAAAUUAAGUUGUUUCGCUCCAAGUCAAAUUGACAUUUAAAGAUAUCUUGUGAAUUCAAGAGGAAAGUAAUGUAAUGUUAGAUUGUUGCAUUCAAGGCCGAGGAAAAGCCAAUUGAACAUUCUAUAUAAAUCCUAUAGCUCUAGUAUAUAAAUCUAUAAUCUACUUAUAAGUGUUGUUCAGGUUGUUAAAUAUCAAAAGCUCUAAUUAACGUCGACAAAACGUAUUAGAGCCAAGCAUUUUGUCUAUAAAACAUUAUAAUAUAUGCAGAUGAAGAUCGAAAAGCUUUAAGAUUUGAUUGCCAAAAUGAUUGUUUUCACAGACGAUGAUGUACAUAUAUCAUGAAUUAUUUGUUUAUAAAACCCCCUUCUGGUACCCCUGAAAAUUUGUUAAAUAUUUGCGUUGAUUUUCUCCAGUUUUUUUGUAUAUACUUGGUAUAAGUGAUGUCACUGGUGACCGCUGUUGUGAGAAUGAGUUUGAAAUGUAACCAGAUGUUAUCAUUGUCAAGUGUACGAAGAGAUAUUUAAAGUACAGAUAUUAUUUGAAAACCUUGUAUUAGGUACAUUAAUUUUAAUACACUACCACAAAUAAAUGUAUAGGUUGUAUAUAUGUAUAUAUCAAUACCAAUUCCCCUCUUUAUUAACCCUUGUUAUGUGUAGUACGUACAGAUAUGUAGACAUGUUGUACUAGGUCGAUACUGUUAUAUAUAUGUUGACACGACUUCCUAGUAUGUACUAUUGAUGACAGACAGAGGCAUGGACUCCUGUAUUUCAAGUGUUCAUUCAUAUCAUAAUUUUGUUCUUUUUUUUUCAUAUUGCGUAAAUUAGCUUGUCAUGAAAGGACUGAACCUUGCCUCGACCAGGCAGAACAUGUAUGGGUUUAUAAACAAUUCGUAAGAUAAUUUCGGGGUCACUUUGUUUCACGGAUGCACGGUAUCUAGUGACAGAAAUCGAUAGGAUGGGUUAAUGAUAUGGUGACAGCUGUGGAAAUCGAUCAACGCGUCGAUUUGUUCAUUGUAACUAUUUACCUGGUGUAAAUAAAUUACCCAUCCUAGUUAAGUGUUGAUAGAUAUGUACAAAUUACGAUUAGAGAACGAGACGAUUUGUUUGUAAAUGUAUGACAGUUUUGCAGAUAGCUGUUCAGUUUACCACGAUGCCGCGUUUAUCCGGACGCCCUCUAAUCCAUUUUUACGACUAUCCGGAUAAUUCUAUUUCCGUUUCCGCAUUUGAAUUUAAAAUAUUUUGGUAUAUUAGGAUGUGGUCUUUCUUUUCCUUUAUCUUCUCUAAAAUAUGUUUUUUCUAAGUGUUACAUAGUCUACAGUACUUGUUUAAACAGUUUAUAUUACAGGGGAAUCCUUUAGUGCUCAUUAGUGAUCACCUGGUGAUCUGGUAUACACUAAUAUCGGUGUCAAGUACAUAAUGCGGAAACAUUGUUCCGGAAACAUUUAAAUGUGUUCAGAGACGAGUAGUGCGAGUGGAAAUUUUAAAACACAGGAAUACACAGAGGAUUAAUCCUUCCGGAAUAAUUUGAUAUUCUUGAGGUCCAACUGUGUAUACUCUACCUCAAACGAACCAUAGGGUAGUUCUAUGUUUAUCUAAGAUACCUGUCCGAGGUUGUAGGUACAUGCCACAUUGAUCAUAACGUGCAUCAUUAUAAAUAUCCAGUUUUGUUUUGUUUGCGAACACACUUUCUUUUCCCGCGGAUAGCUGAACAGUUCGGAUGUAGUAUUGGCGUAUGUAAACACGUAAGAUGAAUGUGAUUGUUUUCCUUCUUAAAUUGAUACUUAUAUUUAAAUGUUCAAAAUACAAACACGGAACAGGAGAGAACUAAUUAUUUAAACUGGUUAGCGGAAGUGAUGCCGCGUCAUAGGGUUAGGAUUACCGGAAACAGGUAUGUGUGUUUGUGAGAUGUGGUAGAUAUUCUGGAUUAUCGGAAACAGGUAUGCGUGUUUGUGAGAUGUGGUAGGUAUUCUGGAUUACCGGAAACAGGUAUGCGUGUUUGUGAGAUGUGGUAGAUAUUCUGGAUUACCGGAAACAGGUAUGUGUGUUUGUGAGAUGUGGUAGGUAUUCUGGAUUACCGGAAACAGGUAUGUGUGUUUGUGAGAUGUGGUAGAUAUUCUUGAUUACCGGAAACAGGUUUGUGUGUUUGUGAGAUGUGGUAGAUAUUCUUGAUUACCGGAAACAGGUUUGUGUGUUUGUGAGAUGUGGUAGAUAUUCUUGAUUACCGGAAACAUGAAUGUGUGUUUGUGCGAUUUGGUAGUUAUUCUGGGUUACCGGAUACAAUACUUUGUGUGGGAGAGAUGUGACAGGUGUCCAUGGUUACCGGACAUACAUGUGAUGGAGAGAUGUGACAGUGUCCUGGGUUACCGGACAUACAUACUUUGUAUGGGAGAGAUGUGAUAGGUGUCCAUGGUUACCGGACAUACAUGUGAUGGAGAGAUUAUGAUGUUUAUUACUUCCCACACAGGGAACAGAGGUAUUCUUGUCAGUUUUAAUGAUUUAUAAUGGUCAUAGGAUUAGUUUAUAGACGUACUGUUCAUAGGACCAUGAAAGUCAUUCCUUCUGACAAUAAUCACGUGUAAGGUCCCUGUGAUCCCCCCUUACAAUCAACCACAUCGCCUUGUGGAGUAGAUGGAUAGAUUUUUGAUCCCUGAAUGAGAACCAAAAUUUCCAAUAGUCUUUUUGUUUCUUUGUUCUUCCAUUGUUUAUUUUUUAUGAUCUAAUUACUGAUCACGUGAUUAUGUAUGUUAAUUAUCACGUGAUUAUGUAUGUUAAUUAUCACGUGAUUAUGUAUGUUAAUAUCAAUGUUUAGCUCGUACUUGUAUGCGUGCAAAUAAUAUUGUACAUAUAUUUCAAACAUAUAGCAAUAUAAACCUUUAAUUAUAUCGAUGUAUCUAUGAUUCCAGUUACAUGUAUUCAAACCGACGUUGAUUUCAGCCAAUGAUAGCGACACUAGGGUAAGCUCGCAUGUCUUGUGACUUUCUAUUGGCUGAAAUCAACCCGGGUCACGUGAGUGUUGGUUUCGAUGAAUCCUUCGAGGUGUGGACACACGAGGAAAUGUUCUCUAACGUGUCGACUAACGACUUGACACGAAUGUUAGCAGGACAUCACCUUAAUUACACCGGAAUAGAAAUAGGUCAUUUCUACUCUGGUGUGAUUGAUGAGUUCAGUUUGAGGGGCCAAAGAAAUUCGGUGAAGUUUGAAGCAGUUCAUUAUUAUUACCAACACUUACAUGAUAUUAGUUUACCUAUACCUGUUACGUUAAAGGUCAUGACCGGUAUAAUGACCUUUGUUUAUUUACAUAAGAAUAGAUUACUGAGCGACUUCCUGGUUUGGGGAUGUCGGAUGUAAUCAGAUAUAUUCUUUCUCGCAUAGCCAAAUAAAAAUACUAUUUUUGAGAAAAAAUUGAA